AUGGCAGCAAGCAAGAUCCUUCAAAACGAGUACAAGGCUCUAUCCCAAGAGAAAUGGGUCAACGUUGAGCUCAACAACGAUGACAUUUUCAACUGGAACGUUGCUCUUAUUGUUAUCAACCCUGGUUCCCUCUAUUACGGUGGCUACUUCAAAGCCAAGAUGAACUUUCCCCACAACUACCCCUACACCCCUCCUUCUUUCCAGUUCAACCGUGCCCUCUUCCACCCAAAUAUCUACGCGGAUGGGAAACUCUGCAUCUCCAUCCUACAUGCCCCAGGCGACGAUGAGAUGUCCGGCGAGAGUGCUGGGGAACGCUGGUCACCAGCACAACGGGUGGAAUCCAUCCUCCUUUCCAUCAUCUCGCUCCUCGAUGACGCCGAGUGCUCCUCUCCAGCCAAUGUCGAUGCUGGUGUGAUGCUGCGGAAGAACACAGAAGGUUUCAAGAAAAAGGCCAAGGCAGAUGUGGAGAAGAGUAAAGAGGAUAUCCCAGCAGGCUUCGUCAUGCCGACACACGAAUCUACGGCGAGGAUACCGGAAAAACCUGUCGAUGAUCGAGAGUUCUGGGUCGAUAGCGAUGAGGAGGAUGAUUUUGGGGGAAGUGACACCGAUGCCGAGAUGACGGAGGAUGGGAAUGAUGGUCUUCCGGACGACGAUGAUCAAGAAGAGGGUGAUGACGAAGAUCCAGAGAACGAGGAUGAUGAAACCCUUUAG